AGACAAUAAAAAAGAAUCCAAUUGCAUUUUUGUUUUGGUACCUCUUUUUCUGUGCUGUCCACUCCCACGUUCUCCUCUCCCUCUUUAUGUAUUCAGUUCCCUCACCUCUAAAUUCUCUACAAUUCCGAUAACCAAGACACUCUUCCCGGUGGCAGCUUCCCUCACCUUUCUCUCCGCCCAAGUUUCGAGUUCAGUCAAGAUGAGCUGGACCACGUUUAAGGUUUUGCUUAUGUUGGGUCUUCUGGCCACCUCUUGCAUGGCUCAAGCACCAACAGCUCCGCCAACGGCACCACCAGCAGCUACCCCGACACCGGCACCAACGCCACCACCAGAAGCUACCCCGGCAUCGACCCCGUCUCCAACACCAUCUCCGGCGCCAACUUCCCCAUCGCCAUCUCCGACAACCUCUUCACCUUCUCCAUCACCAAUCUCUUCCCCUCCUGCUCUUACCCCAUCGGGUGAAGUUGCUCCAGCCUCCGAGCCUGCUGCUGGCCAAGGCCCUCCACCCCCCUCUGCCGCCUCCACCAAAGGCCUUUUCAUUAGUGCAACUGCUGUGGCCGCCACUCUCGUCGCUGCUGUUUUGGCUUAAGAAUGUGAAGUCGCCUGCUUUGGGAUAUUUUCUUUCCUUCUCUCUUUUAUUCUGUCGAAUAGUAUUCUUUUUUGUUUUUAUAAUUUAUUUGCCAUGUAUGGAUUGAUUGGUGAUUACGAGUCCAUUAUUUGGGGUUGGGGAGGUUGAUUGUCUGAUCGGACGGUUGUAGAGAUUGGACUGCUGUACAUCUUACCACAGUGGAAUAAAAUCAGUUUCUUAUUCUUCCCCCCCCCC